AUGUAUGUACAAUCGAAUUUAAGCUCGCCGUUCGACUUAAAUUACUCGGAGAGCGAUUACACGCCUUACAAAGAGCGCAUUGAAACCUAUCUGGUGCCUAUCAUAUUUGCGAUCAUUUUCAUCGUAGGAGUCUUAGGAAAUGGAACACUAGUUAUAGUGUAUGUCAGACAUAGGGGAAUGCGAAAUGCACCAAAUACGUACAUAUUCUCUCUGGCGCUAGCAGACUUGCUCGUUAUACUGAUUUGUGUACCUUUUGUGUCCGUCAUAUACACCCUUGAAUCGUGGCCAUGGGGGGAGACCAUUUGUAGGAUAUCGGAGACGGGGAAGGACAUAAGUAUCGGGGUAUCCGUUUUCACGCUCACAGCGCUAUCAGCCGAACGAUACUGUGCCAUUGUCAACCCUUUCAGAAAGCUUCAGCUUCGCAAGUUGCCACUCGUGUGUGCGACAAUAAUAUGGAUCGCUGCACUGUUAUUUGCAACACCGGCGGCGAUUUUUUCCAGUACAAUUACACAAGAAAUUGAUGAAAAUGUGUCAAUAGUAUAUUGUUCGCCAUAUCCAAGGGACUGGGAUAAUUAUGCAAAAUGGAUGACAAUAAUCAAAGCAAUUGUUUACUACGCUCUACCACUGUUAGUGAUUGCAUUCUUUUACUCGUUAAUGGCACAACGGCUUUUGGCGAGUACGAAAGAGAUGCCGGGUGCGCUACAUGGAGGACAAGGCGAGGCUCAAGCUAAGGCGAGGAAGUCUGUUGCCUGCAUGGUCUUGAUUUUUGUCAUAGUGUUUUUCAUAUGCUUUCUGCCGUACCACGCGCUAGAACUUUGGUUCUACCUGUCACCGACAGCACAAAACGACUAUAACGAUUUCAUCCACGCACUUCGAAUAGUUUCCUUCUGUCUAAGUUUUCUCAACUCCUGCGUAAACCCGGUCGCCUUAUACUGCGUGAGUGGCGUCUUCAGACAACACUUCAACCGAUAUCUCUGCUGCCGUCGAAGCGCGCUCCACCCAACUUGCAGUUCUAGAUUAUCCAGAACUGCUGUUUGUGAGACGUCCUUUAGAAGCACACAACGACAUCGCUGUAAUAGGAACCCAACGGAAAGUGUAGUUAUAUCUAACUACGACUACGGCAGCUCGAAGAAGAAGAAUAAUAUAAUAUCAAGAAACAGUGCAGAUGGAGUCACUAUCAUGACAAUCAGGGACUCAAAUGACUUCCUUUCUGAUGUUAAUGAGAAAUGUAUCGAUAGAUAAGUUACUUGUAAUUAUUUCUAAGUCAUUACUUUGUGGGUAGCGUCCUAUUGGAGAUCAUGAUGGAGACGGGUUUAAAAUUAAUCCGCCAUUCCUAUCACAUGUAUGCUAAGAUAAAAAAUAAAUAUGUAAUGGUUAUAAUGAAUGUAAUAAGUUACGUAUAAGAAUUAAACAAUUAUUCGACGGAUAUAAUUUUGCCAUAUCUUUUAGAUUUCCUAUUAAAAGACAUUAUAAAUUUAAGAUACCUACCUGUAUUGAUGCAUGUACAAUUAAUGUACUCUAGAUGUGAUAUGAUGUAAUCAUUUGUAAAUAUAAUUAUAUAUUAAUUUUACGAUGUCAAAGAC